AUGGAUUUUCAACAUCGUGCUGGUGGUAAAACUGGUAUGGGUGGUGUUGCCAGUGCAUCGGAGUCGAAUCGCGAUCGACGUGAACGACUACGUCAAUUGGCUCUUGAAACAAUUAAUCUUGCCAAAGAUCCUUAUUUUAUGAAAAAUCAUUUGGGAACAUAUGAAUGUAAACUUUGUUUAACACUACACAAUAAUGAAGGCUCUUACUUGGCUCAUACACAAGGAAAAAAGCAUCAAUCGAAUUUAGCGCGUCGUGCUGCUCGUGAAAAUCAGCAAUCAUCUGAUAUAAUUCAACCAAUGAAACCACAUUAUGAAGUUCGUAAAUUUAUUAAAAUUGGUCGACCUGGCUACAAAGUUACAAAACAACGUGAUCCAGAUACGAAACAACAGUCACUUUUAUUUCAAAUUGACUAUCCGGAAAUAUCAGAUAAUAUUGUACCUAAACAUCGUUUUAUGUCUGGCUUCGAACAACACGUUGAAGCACCGGAUCGUCGUUGGCAAUAUUUACUUUUUGCUGCCGAACCUUAUGAAACUAUCUCGUUUAAAAUUCCAAGUCGUGAAGUUGAUAAAUCAGAAGGCAAAUUUUGGACAUAUUAUAAUACAGAAACAAAACAGUUUUUCCUUCAAUUCGCAUUCAAACUCGAAUCAAAUAAAUACUCAGGUGACCAUUCAUCGUCAAGUUCACGAUCCUAUGGUCCAGCUCCACCUGCACCACCUGGCUCAUUACGUAGUUGA